AUGGAUCCAAUUAAGCAGGAAUUGCUGAAAUCUGGGAAAAUCGACACAUCUCGUAUUCAGCACGUACCGGAGCAGAGACUGAGCCACUUCAACUCAGGCUCAAAUUACAAGUCAGCAAGGGAUAAGCAGAAGGAGGCAGACGAGCAACGAAGACUUGAAGAGGAUACACAGACGCAGAUGGCGUACAAAGAGUAUUUGGACGCCUUUGAUGACGUCAGGCAGUCUUCUUUUGUUAAAUCUGGAAAUGGCAGAGAAUCUUAUUCUCACCAACCCAAAUCACACCCAGUUGAACUCAAUUCUCAGGGGAAAAUUAAAGGCAAGACGCAAAUGGACAGCUUUUUACAGGAGUUGAAGAGAGAACAGACUGGAAGAGGCAGCAGAAGUGAUCCUGACUUUCAUAGCGAUGCAGAUCCUCACUCUACCAACCUCUACGUCGCUAACCUUCCAACUUGGAUCGAUGAACGAAUUUUUGGUGAAUACUUUGCUCAAUUUGGUGCUAUAGCUUCUGUCAAAAUACUUUGGCCGCGACCAGAAGAUCAGCAUAAGCUGAAGCAACCUGGAUACGCGGGAUUUAUUAGCUUCAUGACACGCCAUGAUGCUGAAACAGCUUUGAAACAGCUAGAUGGCUCAGAUUGGCAGGGUCAUAUGUUAAAAGUUGAUUGGGGAAAACGCGUGAGAAUACCUUCAAGACCACUAUACGAGAGUACUGCCAAACGUCCCGCUCCAUCACGAUCAAGAUCGCCAAGCAGCUUCGAUCAGCGUGAAAGUAAGCGCAGUCGUGUUGAAGAAGAGGCGCCUGGUGUUGACGGAAAGACUCUCAAUUUCUUGCUUAGCGUUGUGUCAUAUGCCAAGUCACACGACAAAGGACCUUCAGCCUGCUUGGAAGAGCUGAAAUGGCUCAGUGAAGAGUAUGCUUUCUUGAAUAACGACAACGAUACAAAAUCCAGAUUCGUGCUCAACCAACUAGAUAACGAUAUACCAUUCGACGAUAGCAAGCCAACUGCUGAUUCGGAAAACGAUCUCAGCGAACAAGAGCAAAGUGAGCAUGAAUCAAUACAGAAACAGAAGCAAAAUAUUCUAGGUGGAGUCGCCAAGAAGAAAUUGGAAAGAAUGCUACGCCAAAUCACACCGAAGCGCUCGUCUAUAGGUAAGGUGAUGGCAUUUGCAAUAGACCAUUCAGAAGCCUACGAGGGUGUAGUGGGUGUAGUCAUCAAGUCGCUCCUCAACGUGUCUACACCUGUUCCACGAAAGAUUGCACGACUACAUCUAGUUUCUGACAUACUCGCCAAUAGUGCGGUUAGCAUUUCCGGUGCUUGGAAGUAUAGGGAUGAGAUACAGCGGCAAUUGCCCAAGGUAUUCGAUCAUCUGGGACUCGUUAGAUCCACCUUCCCAAGCAAAUUGAGUCAGAAUUUCUUCAAGGAGCGCAUUGAAGUUGUUUUAACAGUGUGGGCCGAAUUAUUUAUCUUCCCGCAGAAUAUCCUCGAUGAUUAUCUGAUCAGAUUGGAGGGAGUGGGCAGAAAACGUUUGGAAUUGGAUCGUAGCAGCACGCUAGUCAGUCGCAGCCAGAAUCACAGCGAUAGCGCAUCUAGCCAUCCAAUUACACCAGUCGUGGAGGAAGUGGAGAAACCAACUGGAUUUAAGCCAUUUAUACAAGGAGCGGAGGAAGUAGAAGAGGAUAUCGACGGUGCACCAAUCGACGAUAUCGAUGGUGAGCCUAUGGAGGGAGAUGGAGAGGACAUUGACGGGGAGCCAAUGGAGGACAUUAAUAUUGACGGGCAAUCAUUGCACACAUAUCAAGAAUAA